AUGCUGCUUCUUGCCCUGGGCGUGGCUGCCACGGUGCUGGCUCAGGCCGACCACGCCAUCGACUCCUUCGCAUAUCAGGGAUGCUCUUCUGUGGACAUGUCAUGCUUUACACCACCUGUUCUUUUGAAUGAUGAGCCUACCACUCCGGAAAUGUGUCAGCGGGCUUGUCAAGGCCAUCAAUUCGCUGCCCUGUUUCCAGCUGAUUGUCGCUGCGGGGAUGAUGCCAACGUGAUCAAGGCCCUUGACGAAAGAGCCUGCAAUAAUCCAUGCUUGGGAGAUCCAAAGCAUGGCAUGUGCGGGAGCAUUUGCCCAGCUGAAGGUCCCGGAAUUGCGAAUGUCUACACGAAGACGGCGGCAGCCAGUCAGCAACCUCAAGUCGUGACCAUACAUACCACUUCCACCCUCGCUCUUCCAAUCACUUCGGUCAGCUCUGAGGAUUGCACCACGUCUGACCAGGCUCCAGUGACUGAACAGCUCCCAGGAGGUCUCAUCACCCCUGUUGGAACAGCGCCUGGAAUACCUACGACGUUCACUUUCGUGUUAUCUACCAGUCCCGCAACCUCCAGCGGAAUACCUCCCAGCCCAACGGAGCUAACUACCUCAUGCUCCGAAGAACAAAGCUCAGCGGCUGAAGAACCAACUGUGGCACAACCAAGCACGACUUGCGAAGAAGAUCCUGCCAGUGUUACUGCAAGCUCUGCCGUGCCGGCACCAUAUGGAGCAAGCACUGCCUCGCCUCCAAUAUAUACGUCGGACGCCAGCACUCCUGAGGUCCCUACUUCGGCAGUCGGGCCGGUGACAUCGCCUGUUGCAUCUGCCCAGUCAUAUCCGGAUCCAUACACCUCGGGGAGUGAGCAGGAUCCUGCGGCCACAGCUAGCAGCAUCCCAGGCCAAAGCCAAGAUGAUCCAAACCAGCUUUCAACAAGCACUGUCUGGUCUCAUCCUUCAGAUGUUGCCGACCCAACCGGGCAACCACCAAUUCCAGCUCAAGUGCCAGGCUCAGAUUCUACCCACAGCAUGGUCCCGCCGCUGGCGACCAUUGGAGGCUUGGCUUUUAUUGCGGCAAUUAUCAUGUAA